AUUGUAUCAGACGGCAUCACACGUCCUGUGUUGCACAAGACACCAUGAGGACUGGACAAACUAAAUCUUUUCUUUUGCCCGAACUUCACUGGAUCCAUCUGUUGAUAUUCUUUAUAACCCCUAUAACAGGGGCCUUGACAGAUGAAGAUGUGAUAAAAGCUCGGUUGGGUGGGAGUGCAUCUUUUAAUUUUAAGGUUACAACGGGCAUGAAAGUAAUCCUAGCUGUAUGGAAAAAGUGCCCAGACCAGAAGGUUUUUGUGUUCAGCCCCGUCUAUGGACUUGAAAUAUUGGACAACAACUAUGCUGGUCGCAUUUCCGUAAAAUCUAACCAGGACAUUAUACUGGAUAAAUUACAAGAGAGUGACUUUGUGAAUUACUGUUACGAACUCACCACUUUUCCAAAUGGGAGUCUUCAAGGACAAAAUAAGCUAGAGAAAACGACAGAAAAUGGAGCUGUGCCCAUCAUGAUGAUCUCUGUGGGUUGCAGCAUAGGUUUAAUGGUAUUAUGUGCAAUCAUCAUCGGAGGAGUUUGCUAUAAGAAGAGAAAAAGCAACACUGCGUCGCAUCCUGGAGGACCUCCUGGCAGUCAGCUCUCUGUGCGGAUGAAAAAUAAGAAGCGACCCAAGCGCCUGCGCUCACAGAAUGAAGAAGAGGUGGAAAAUGAAGACUUAAAUUACAUGGACGUGAAUUGACACACUAUGUCUAUAAUAUAUAUAUUACUGUUUUUACUGUAGAUAAUUUUUAUAAUUGGCAAAAAAGAAGUCCGAAAAAUAUCAUGGGAACAAUGAUCUCAUGUGGACUGGUAUGCACUCAUGUGCUUUUAUUUCUACCUUAGACUCUCUUAUUUUUGUAUUAAUUUUUGUUUUGUAAUAUACCACUUUUUUGCCUGAGGCAGUAAACAUUUUGUCUCUGU